UCCCCUUCAAUUACAUGGGGAAUCAGCUGAGUCUUGAUUUUUCUGACUUGCCUAACAGAUCCCUGGAAUCAUUUACUAUUUCAAAUGUUGAUGAUGGGUCAAACAGGUUAUGGAUUCACUUCUCAGCAGUGUACGUAUUCACGACGUAUGUUUGCUAUCUUCUCUAUGCUGAGUAUGACCAUAUUGCAUCUAAAAGGCUUGCCUUUUUUAAUUCUUCAAAGCCCAAGCCACACGAGUUCACUGUUUUAGUUCGAAGUAUUCCACCAUCCCCAGGGAAGAGCUACACUGAAGUUGUUGAGAGCUUUUUUAUGGAGUACCAUCCUGCUACUUAUCUCUCACACUCUGUUGUCCGGCGGACAAGCAAACUCAAAGGCCUCAUUGAUGAAGCUGAUAAGUUGUACAGGAAACUAGCUCGGUUGAAAACAUUAGACCAUAGUCAAGAAAGAUUUGGCCGUGCUGGCUUCAUGGGGAUCUUUGGGCCUAGAGUUGACCUUUUGGGCCACUAUGAAAUGAAGCUAGAAGAUAUAGAAUACAAAGUUAGAGUGGAACGAUCUUCAAAGGAGGUGCAAGCGGCUUUUGUAUCCUUCAAAACACGAUUUGGGGCAGCAGUAGCUUUAAACAUCAGACAAAGCAGCAAUCCCACUGAAUGGGUUACUGAGCCAUCUCCUGAUCCAGAGGAUGUAUAUUGGCCCUUCUUUUCAGCUUCAUUUUUCAAAAGAUGGAUUUGCAAUGUUGCUGUUUAUACUGCAUGUGUUGUACUUACAGUUCUGUUCCUUAUACCUGUUCUCAUAGUACAAGGUCUUACCCAUCUAGAGCAGCUGGAGAUUUGGUUCCCCUUUCUAAC